GGUUCGCCUGCUGCUACUGCUACGGCUGGUGGGCGGAUGGAGGGAGUCUCCGGUUUUAACUAUAAUCAUCAAUUCGGGAUGCUCACGCCGAAUCUGAAUGUGCUGUUGCCCGAGGGGCAUCCUGGUUUGCAGGGGCAGCGGUUCUUUACCAUCCAGCGGGUGAAUGGGAAUGGGGCGAACGGGAAGAAUGAUGGGGUUGGUGGGGGGCAUCGGCAUACGCUGGAAGAGAGUGAUCGCGUGAAGAAGAAUAGUGUGCAGCGGUUUCUGUUGAAGGAGGCGAGGCAAGAAAGGAAGAAGGCUGUCCCGACGCGAACCAUGUCUACCCAGAACCAACCACAGAAGUCGUACCACACCAAAGCUACCGGACUCGCGGCCGAGACCGUUGCAGAUCACUCGGCAGACAACGAUCUGAAAUUGUUUGGUAGUUGCUUUUGUCCCUUUGUCCAGCGUGUAUGGAUCGCUUUGCAGUUCAAGGGCAUCCCGUACCAGUAUAUUGAAGUCGACCCUUACAAGAAGCCCAAAUCCCUGCUUGAAGUCAAUCCCAGGGGCCUAGUUCCUGCCUUGCGCCACGGGGACUGGAGUUCGCACGAGAGCACCGUCCUGCUCGAAUACUUAGAAGACUUGAACGCCGGCCCUCCGCUGCUGCCCCCCGGGGACCCAAAACUGCGAGCACAUUGUCGACUGUGGGCUGAUUAUGUAAACCGCCACAUUGUGCCCACCUUCUACCGCAUUCUCCAAGCACAGGAUCAAGAGAAACAGAUCUCGCAUGCAGAAGAACUCCGCGACUCGUUCAAUACUCUGAUUGGCGCGGCCCAUGCUGAGGGUCCGUUCUUCCUGGGCGACAAGCUCUCCUUCGUCGACGUACAGAUUGCGCCGUGGAUCAUCCGGCUCCGACGCGUGCUGGAGCCGUAUCGCGGCUGGCCAGAGCCAGAAGCGGGUAGCCGAUGGGGCGCGUGGGUUGACGCGAUCGAGAAAGAUCCCCACGUCGCGGCGACCACCAGCGAUGAUGACCUUUAUCUGGAUAGUUAUGAGCGAUACGCGGAAAACCGGCCCAACACAUCACAGUUGGCCAACGCGAUUAAUUCUGGGCGAGGGCUUCCAUGAUAUGCGGUAGAUCUCUUCGUAUGCUAAUCGAC